CCUCUUUCCCUUAUUUUCCUUUCUCGGAAUUCCUUUUCCGUCACACAAACGCAUUUGCCAUUUAUUCAAAUUCCCAUUUCUCUUCCCUGAAAACUACCAUAAAUACUUGUAAUUCCAUUCCCAUUCCCACAUUUACUUUUCAGCUUUUAUAUUCAUUUCCCACCUGGUACAUUCUCUCUGGUACAUGAGAAUUCCUGAGAGGCAUGGCUAGAGCCGCUGAGAAUUGGAGUUGACUAUGACGAGGCCUUGCAUGCAAGCAAUAAUAGCAUGGACGAGCUGCCAGGGGCAUUGGGCACCAGCGCCAGCUUGGCUCUGCGGUUGGGUCAGACUGUCUUCUCCUCCGCCUCCCUUCUCUUCAUGUGCUUGGACGUUGAGUUCUACAGCUACACUGCCUUCUGCUAUUUGGUGACAGUCAUGGGCUUGGUAAUUCCAUGGAGCCUGACAUUAUUAGUGGUGGAUGCAUACUCUGUCUUCAUUAGAUGUUUACCUCGUCAACCAAGAAUAAUGUUGGUCAUCAUUGCAGGAGAUUUGGUUUUGUCGUUUCUCUUGCUAGCCGCGGCAUCCUCAGCAGCUAGUGUGACAGACCUCCUGCUUGAUUCCGGUGGAUACUAUUGCCCUGCUAAGUUAUGUAGUAGAUAUCAGUUGUCCACCGCAAUGGCUUUCCUGUCUUGGUUCCUUUCAUUGGCUUCAUCUCUGUUCAAUCUUUGGCUUCUUCCUUCUUUGUAAAAUUCUGGCUGGAGGUUGCCAACGUAGAAAUGAAAUGGGUAAAUAGUGAGAAAGUCGAUGUUUACCAAAGUCAAAUUUUGUUCAUUGAUUGUGUUUCAUAUAUACAGAAAUAUCAAAUAUGAUACAGUUGGGUCAUUAUAAAUUUGAUAUUUUCUACAGCCUAAUAAUAAGUAAGGUCUUGCAAA